GAAUGUCUCAAUUUCUUCAUCCUUUAUUUCAAGUAUCAUAAGAAAAAAUGGGUUCCAAGGCAUUUCUGAUUCUCGGCCUUUUUGUGGCCAUAUUUCUAAUGAUAAGUUCUGAGGUUGUAGCUAGGGAGUUGGCUGAGACUUCCACCACUUCAGAGGACUCAAAGGAUUCCAAUAACAUGAAUGAAGUACAUGUAGACCACUCUGGCGGGUACAAUGGCGGUGGAUACUCCGGUGGUGACGGAUACCAUGGCGGUGGUCACGGAGGUGGCGGCUACCAUGGCGUCGGUCACGGUGGUGGCGGAUACCAUGGCGGUGGACAUGGCGGCCACGGUGGACAUGGUGGCCACGGUGGACAUGGUGGUGGCGGCCACAAGUGCUGCUCCUAGAUACAAUGGUGAAUAGUAAUAUAGUUACAAUCACCUUGUACUAAUUGGUGGCAAGAUGUAAUAGUACGUAAUACUAUUGCUGCUAUUUCGAGCUUCUUGUAAGAAAUAUGAAAUAAAAGCUAUCAUGUCAUAAAAGCUAUCAUGUUAUGUUUGUUAAUUAUAUAAUGGUACGUGCCAUAAUACUUUUC